UCAAAACAAAACAACUUUAUUUCUGUCAUUUCACGUUUUAAUAAAACUUUUACGAAGUUUGACAAGACAUACAAGGACUGAUCUUAAUGAUUGAAUAGUUAAUCUGUUAGUCAGUGCAUCCUCUACCUACUUUAAACCAAAAACAUGCUCUUAAGGAAGUUUCCCAAAUAUUAAUUUAUUAUGGACAAGGUACCUUCUUUAUACGAGGGAAACGCAAUCUUUCGCGACCAGCCGUCGUACAAAGUCUUCAACAAAUCCUUCGAGAAUGUGGACGAUGCGCUCUACACAUAUCUUAAUGAGGUGGACCCUGAGGUGCUGCGAAUGGAACUCCAGGAAACCUCUGAUGUCUUUAAAUUCUUUAGCCGCAACACAGCCCUAACAGACCCGCGCAUCAAUGAGGCUCCGGACAGUGCAAUCUGCGACCAUUCCGGUCCAAACACCUGCUACAGUUUCCCCAAUCCCCAAAGGCUUCACUCGGAGUUAACUCUCAAUCAGCAGGCAGCCUGCAUGCGCGUGCUCCUCUCCUGGCAGCGAAGCGAACCCGUUGAUGAGGACGACUUUGUGGUGUGGCAGGCCACUGAAAAAAAGCGCUGCAACGAGCAGCAGCGGGUGCAGAAACACAUCCACGACUACGAGCACGGUCGUAAGGAGGUCAUCUAUGCACCCAUGAAGAUUCUGGUGUCCGCAUACAGAAAGUGGUACGAACUCAGAGUUAUGGAACUGAUGAAAACCUAUCCCGACGAGUCCUACGUGACCUUCUCCGGACUUCCCCAGUUGGCCCAUUGCAAGAGCCUUAAUUCCCAGACCGUCAGCAUUGAGCAAGUGGAAGUGGAGCGGAUUUUGGGCCGGGUGAGACUUUGGCCAGAGGUGGAACUGCAACAGGAAACAUUGCGAACUUUACGAGUACGCUUGGAUCGCUACGCUGUUCGGGAAACUAAGGCGCCAGCUAAACUAUUGCAGGAAAAAGAGAAGGAGCAAGAGCUGGAAGCCGCCAACAUAUUUGUACUUCCUCUGGACUCACUUUUAAUGCUGUUGACCACAGGAUUAUAUGUUGAUUUACCGGCAGAAAUGUUUGUCAGCCUAAAGGAAUCUCCAGAAAGUAAACACAAAUGCAUUGAAUUUAAGUCUCCUUUUCCCAGUCGCAACUGCGGCUGGCACACAAACAGUUUAAUCCUAAAAAAGGCCCAUGAGACUUUCGUAUCCCAGCCCGGACUAGCCAAGUGGCUGGAUUUUAAACCAAAUGAAGGAGUCAAAGAAGUACCAGAGAGACACAUCCUUAAUAUGUCUCCAAUUAAACCUAAUGUGGCUUACAAACUACAUGCGAUUGAUGAGACGUCAUCUGAAAUUUUAGAUGCCAACACCAACAACGCCCUAGUAAGUUGGACCCUGCGAUGUAAGACCGAUUGUGAUGAAACCAAAGAGCUUCAGAUCUUCACCACACUACCCAUACCAGCGGUUAGAGACUCCACGGGAAAGGAUUCACUGGGAUGCCACUUCAUUAAGCUGGAGAACAAGCCAGAUUGCGGAUGCGAAAUUAUGACCAAAUACGAGUUGAUAAGUGCCUGGUUGCAACUAAAGCUUCUCCAGGCGAAUAUUGGUCACUGCACCCGCGUCUCGCUGCGGGACUUUGAGCUCAUGUUGGAGGAAAAGCUUACACUGAUCUCACUGGAACAGCAGCUGCACGAUUACUGCAACACCAGCAUGCCGCAGCUGCUGUCUAAUUUGUACGAGUUCCUGAAGCUCCUGGACACGGUGCCUUGCGGGGAAUAUCUGCUGCGAUACUUACCCAAAUAUAAGGAUAAGUUCUUGCUGUGCAAUGCCACUAAGGAAGUCGCGGCACAGAGCAUACGGCUGCACCAGCUACUCACGGAGACAACUCCCAGCGAUCAAAUCUUCCUUGCCCAAAACAGUUACCUUCCAAUUUCCCCGACUCUUUGCGGCCGACUGCACGAGGAACUUCAGCUGCUGCCCUGCGCAUUUCCAGCAAAGACCAACGGCAAGGCGGUGCAUCGGAAGGCGCCAGUGAACCAACCUCAGGCUCCACGGCCAGCAAGGCAGCAAGUACGGCGAAAAUCCAAGAAGUGGACGGAAGCCCAAACUAAUGAUUUUCGGCGACGAUGCAAAAGUGCGCAAAAGGCGAGAGCCAGGGCUCGCAAGAAAGCGGCUGCCGAAAAUGACAAAAAUGAUAUUGACAAGAUAAUGACGUUGUGAUAGCAGUUUAUGAAAUUUGAAUAUUAACUAUUAAAAAAACCAUUAAAAAAUACCUCAUAUUAAUAAAUGUACAAAAGUGA